GUUGGCUGCCUGUGAGGAGGAGAGGAAAGGAAGAGAGGAGGCUCUGGCGUCUUUACAGAAGGAGAGAGCAGUCAACGAGAAACUCCUAGAAUCUGAGAGGACAGCGAAGGAAAAGGCCGUGGCAGAGCUCUCAGAAGAGAGUCAACAAAGGAUGGAGGUCGUUGCUUCUCUCUGUAGAGAAAGAAGAGUUGGACAGGAGGCUGAGAUUCGCCUGGAGGAGGAGAGGAAGGAGGUGAGACGACUAAUGGAGGAAAGAGAAACACUCCAACAGGAAGUCAGAGAGAAGACGUCUAGUCUGGAAACCAGCGAGCAGCAGGUGACCAGUGUGACGGUGAGAACAACUGAACAACUGGAGCAAAACCGCAAGGACUUGCAGCAGAAAACCUCCCAGGUUCUCACCCUGACACAGGAAGUGCAAAGCCUGAAACAGGAAGUGCAAAGCCUGAAACAGGAAGUGCAGACUUCAGCCACGUCUGAUGAUCAACUGAGAGAAGAAGUGUCCGAGCUCAGGAAGAACCUGGCCGAGGAAAAGGAGAACAAUGAGAGAGAAAUGCUGAAGCUGGAGGAAGAUCUCGGACAAGCAAAAGAACAACAACAACAACAACAACAACAACGGCAGCAAAAUCAACAAGAAGCAGGUUUAAAACAACAGAUUGAAGAUCUUAAGAAGCAGCUUCAGGAGCUGGGGGAGAUGUUGCAGCCGGAGGAAGCACACGAUGCUGAAGAGGUGAAGCAGCUGAGAGAACACAUCCUGGCGUCAAAGGAGCUCAAUGAGAAGCUGCGAGAACAGGAAGUGGAAUCCCAAACGCAUCUGGAUGAGUUCAAACACAAACUGAGUGUGCGGGAAACGACCUUCAGCGAGACUGUAAACGACCUCAAGUUGAAGCUCAGUGAGCAGGAGCAAAGCACGGAGACGCUUAAAGUGCAGCUCGAAGAAGCUAAGCUAACAGAAUCAAACCUCUCCGUCUCCUCCGCUGCUGCUGAAGAUCUGAAGAGGCUGAACUCUGAUCUGCAAAGUGAGAUCACAUCCCUGAAGGCUAAGCUUUCAGACACGGAGGAAAGCAGGACUGAAUCUCAGCUGCUGGAGAAGCAGCUGGAGGAGAAGCUAGCAGCGGUGGCUAAAGGGUCCGCAGAGAGAGAGGCAGAGAUGGAGAAGCAGCUGCAGGACAAAGAGGCAACGAUGGCCUCCCUGAAGGAGGAAGAGAUCCACACGCUGCAGGAGAACAGGCGGAGAGAGGCGGAGAGACGCAGGGAAAUGAUGGCCGUCGCUCAAGAAGCCAUCGCUCAGAAAGACGAGGAGCUGGGGAAGAGAGGCGAGGAAAUCAACAG